CCCAAUACAGCUCACUUACCCGAAUCAUUUCUGAUAUCCCAAUUCACCGAAAGCUCCUUUCCCAACACCCAUUUUACAAGCAGCUAUUUUGUUGAUAACUUUUUAUGGCAUAAACCCACUCUGUUAACAAUCACUUUGCCAACAGCAUUUUCAUUUUCUUGCUUUAUGUUGUUAGUUGGUGAAGUAUCAUUUAGUGAAAUAGCUGUUGGCGAAAUGGGAUGUCAGAGAAGUGAGAUUUUGAGAAAGUGGUGUCGAAGAAGUGGAUUGUCAAUGAAGUGGUUGUCAAUGAAGUGGGUUGUCAGUGAAAUUGGUGGCAAUGAUAUAAUUGUUAGUAAACCUCAUAGUUAG